AUGGCUGUUUCUCUCUCUGAUUCCAUUCUGGAAGUUAGAACCGAACCUCCAGAAUUUCCAAUUGAAGACAUUAAAUGUGAAAUAAAAGAAGAGCCUGAAGAUGAUAAAACAUGUCUGGAGAGAUUUAUGAACUCCGAUAUAACAAUAGAAGAUGAAGUCAAGCUGGAAUCCUAUGAGGCAUCUCAUUAUGAAUGUACUAUUUGUAAUGAAUCAUUUACAGGGCAGCAUGAUUUAGAACAGCAUAUGCUGGUACAUUGCCCAUUUUGUUCAGAUACUUUUCCAGAUUCAAGCGCCUUAGAUAUACAUCUGAAAAUUCAUGCAGAUGAAAAGCCUUUUGUGUGCACAAUUUGCAGUAAAGCAUUUGCUGUAAAAUUUGAUUUUGAUCAACACGUUUGUGUUUGUAAUGGAGAAAAAACUUUAACGUUGAAUAAAUUAUCUGAUAAUCAAAAACAAAGUAAGAGUACACAGAGACUACAUAAAUGUAAAGUAUGUAAUAAGAGUUUUAAAUAUCUAAGUUACUUGAAAGAGCAUUUGCUUAUUCACACUGGAGAACGUUCUUACGAAUGUGAAAUAUGCAAUAAGACAUUCAGACAAAGGGGUGUUUUGAGAGCACAUAAACUCAUUCACAGUGGGGUUCGUCCUCACAAAUGUGCAAUAUGCGAUAAGACAUUCACACAAAUGUCUUUCUUGAGAGCACAUAAACUCAUUCACAGUGGGGUUCGUCCUCAUAAAUGUGCAAUAUGCGAUAAGACAUUCACGCAAAUGUCUUUCUUGAGAGCACAUAAACUCAUUCACACUGGGGAACGACCUCACAAAUGUGAAACAUGCAAUAAGACAUUUGCUCGAAUGAAUACUUUGAAUAGACAUGUGGUUAUUCACACUGGAGAACGGCCUCACAAAUGUGAAAUAUGCUUUAAGACAUUCACACACGCGAGUACUUUGACAAAUCAUAUGCCCAUUCACAGUGGGGUACGGCCCCAUAAUUGUACAGUAUGUGAUAAGACAUUCAGAACAAUGGCUGCCUUGAGAGCACAUAAACUUAUUCACACUGGGGAACGGCCUCACAAAUGUGAAACAUGCAAUACGACAUUUGCUCAAGUGAAUAGUUUGAAUAGACAUGUGCUUAUUCACACUGGGGAACGGCCUCACAAAUGUGAAAUAUGCCAUAAGACAUUCAAAACAAUGGCUACCUUGAGAGCACAUAAAGUCAUUCACAGUGGAGUUCGUCCUCACAAAUGUGAAACAUGUGAUAAGACAUUCACAAAAAUGAGUAGCUUGAGUGCACAUAAACUCAUUCACACUGGGGAACGACCUCACAAAUGUGAAACAUGCAAUAAGACAUUUACUCGAGUGAAUAGUUUGAAUAGACAUGUGCUUAUUCACACUGGGGAACGGCCUCACAAAUGUGAAAUAUGCAAUAAGACAUUCACACAAAUGGGUAGCUUGAGUGUACAUAAACUCUUUUUCAGUGGGGUUCGUUCUUUUAAAUGUGAAAUAUGCUCUAGAGUCUAG